AUGGACUAUGAAGAUUGUAGACCUAUUAGUUGUGAAGAGGAGAAUUGUGAGAAAAAUGUUGAAAUCAUUUGCUUAUGUGACAAAUCGACUCAUUAUUUAUGUGAACCGCACUUUAGAUAUCAUCUGGAAACGUCAAGUGAAAGAAUCCAUGAGCCGAUGAAGACAGUUCCAAUCAAUCAGAAAGUUCUUAGUAGUUUAUUUCAAAAGCUUGAUUGAAUUAUAGAGAAAACUUCUAAGCUGUUCGAAAAGUUCUCAAGGAAAAUCGACAAAUUAGAAAAAUUUCAUAGAAAACUAUUAAAAAGCAUAACUCAUACAAGAAAAAUGAUAAAUAAUCAGCUGCUAGAGACAAUUAUUACAUGCAAAAAUUUAAAAGAAAAAUGUAAAAAGCCAAUUUCUAGGAAGGAUUACUAUAGCCAACUGGAAAAUUUGCUUAUAAAUGACUAUUCUUCUUACUCUGAGAGCAUUAUAAGUCAAAUGGAGCCUCCAAAAAUAGAGAUUAUAAAAAAAGACCAAAGAAGAUUGUGAGAAAAAAUAUCAUUUUAUAGUUCUACAUUUAGCCACUUACUAAGCACUUAUAACAGCUAUUGCUUUGACAUUACAAAUCUUGGCAUUGAUGUUUUUAGCCUCGCUUGUUUUGAUGGAAAAAAGGAAGAAAAGUUUGAUAAUUUAUCAGUUGAGCCAUCAUCGAGAAUGAUGCUAAUCAGCCCAGAUGAGAUAUUGAUUACAGGAGGUAAUAAGAACCCUAAAAAAUGCGAUAUUUUUAAUAUAACUAACCGAACUUUAACACAUCAAAAUAGCCUAAACCAUGAGAGAUACUGACAUUGCAUCACAUUUAUCAAAGGUUUUCCAGCAGUAAUUGCUGGAUAUUAUAAUAGAUCAUAUUUAAAAGCUGUUGAAAUCUUUAAAUACGGCAAAUGGUAUGAAUUUACACCAUUAAAUUACCCAAGGAGUUCCCCAUCAGCCUGUUCAUUGCUUGGAAAAGUCUAUGUUGUUGGAGGAAAUUAUGAACACUAUUGUGAAGUAUUUGACGAAGCUAUUGAUCAAUGAAAAGAAUUAAUAGGAUGCAUGCCCAUUUAUCAUAGAAUGAGCCCUGGAAUAGUAGGCCUCUGUGAGAAUUUUCUUAUAAUUUUUGGCGGCUGCAUUACCUCCGCUAUUCCUUUAAAUGAAGCUGUGAAAAUUGACAUAAAAAAUAAAAAAGAAUCAAAAAUGCCACCUUUAGAAAUAAAAGGAAAAUAUUCACAUGGCUUUCAUAUGCUAAAAGACAAAAAAUUUUACUCAGCGAUGAACUUCAGUGAAUUUCACUGUUUCAUUAAUUGGGAAUUGAAGGAAGAAAUAAAUUUUUCUCCAGAUGUACCAAUUAGUUAA